AUGCCCACCGCCAGUGGGGGGAGCAGCCCACCGCACCCCUGCCUGUACCUAACCACCUGCUGGGCGCACCAGAGUACGGAGGCCCCAAGAUUCCCGAUACGAGUGGGGGGCCAGGACACUGAAGCAGUGCUCGACUCAGGCAGCGCCAUCACCCUGCUGCGACCAGACUUUGCUGGAGAAAAGAGGGGUGAAGAGGUGGCGGUGGAGUGUAUCCAUGGGGACACCAGGAAAUACCCUAUGGUGUGGGUGGACCUAAUCACCCCACGGGGGACGUACUCGAUCUAUUGGGAGGAGGGGCCCCGGUCUCCGAACAAGACAAGGCCACGGCAACCCCGACGGGCUGCCCACCGUACCCCCCAACCAGUCUGGGCAGUGACGUCCGGGGACAGUGAAGGAGAGGCCCCGCCACCAGAGAGGGAACGCCAACCAAGCGCCCCGGCCACCAGUGGAACCGUCACCGCGUCCGAAAAGGAGCUCGGGGAGGCCCCGCCCCUGGACAGAGAAGUCCGUCUGGCCUUCUCGGAGGGCCCCCGAGACAUGAGUGAGGAGACCGAAGCUGUGGAGGACUACUGCCGACACUGCGCCGUGUGCCAACUCCACAGCCCUAAGGUAACCCUUCGAAACCCACUAAUCCCCCUGCCGGUCAUUGACGUACCCUUCAGGAGGAUUGCGAUGGACAUCCUGGGGCCCUUGCCGAAGUCCAGCCGGGGACAUCGAUACAUCCUUGUUAUCCUGGGUUACGCAACCCGCUACCCGGAAGCUGUCCCGCUCCCGACCACGACAGGAAAAGCGGUCGCCAGGGAGUUGUUCCUGCUUUUUAGCAGGGUCGGGAUAGCGGAGGAACUCCUGACAGACCAAGGAUCGUGCUUCAUGUCAGGGGUCCUAAAAGAGAUGUGCCGGCUGCUACAGGUGACCCAGCUACGAACCUCCGUCUACCACCCCCAAACCGACGGGCUAGUGGAGAGAUUCAAUCAAACCCUCAAAUCCAUGCUGAGGAAGAUGAUUGAAACUGACGGUAAGGACUGGGACCAGCUCUUACCCUAUCUCCUCUUUUCAGUCCGAGAGGUGCCCCAGAGCACGACCGGGUUCGCCCCUUUUGAACUGCUAUAUGGAAGACGACCCCGGGGGUUACUAGACCUGGCGAAGGAGGCCUGGGAACAGCAACCGUCCCGAACCCGCAGCCUGAUCGAGCAUGUGGAGCAGAUGGACCGGCGGAUGGCCCAGAUCUGGCCCAUGAUGAGGGCCCACAUGGAACGGGUACAACGGGAGCAAGCCAGGCUGUAUAACCGGGGAGCACAGGUGAGAGAAUUCGCCCCAGGAGACAAGGUGAUGAUACUAGUCCCCACCAGUGAAUGUAAAUUUCUGGCCCGAUGGCAUGGACCGUACGAGGUCGUGGAACGCACGGGACCUGUGAACUACCGGGUGAGACAGCCGGGACGACGACACCGCCUCCAGAUCUACCACGUCAACCUGAUGAAGAGGUGGCAUGAGCCACCCCCGGCUCCGACCCCAGUCCUCUCCGCCCAGUGUGGGGCCCCAACAACCCCUGACGUGAGUAUUGGAGAGCAGCUGAGCUCCCGCCAGAAGCAAGCACUACGUGAGCUGGUGGACCGGAACCGGGACAUCUUCUCGACUAUGCCCGGCCGCACCCACCUAAUCGCCCACGACAUCAGCACUGAACCCGGGAAGACGGUGAGGCUACAACCCUACCGAAUCCCAGAAGCUCGCCGACACGCCAUACAGGAGGAGGUAAAGAAAAUGCUCGACCUCGGGGUCAUUGAGGAAAGCCGCAGUGCCUGGUCCAGUCCCGUGGUGCUGGUCCCCAAGCCGGAUGGGAGCUGGCGGUUCUGUAAUGACUUCCGCCGGCUGAACGAUGUCUCCCUGUGUGAUGCGUACCCCAUGCCGAGAGUGGACGAGCUCAUUGAGCGGCUGGGACCGGCCCGAUUCAUCAGCACCCUGGACCUGACGCGAGGGUAUUGGCAAGUUCCCCUAACACCCCGUGCCAGGGAGAAGACUGCCUUUGCGACCCCCACAGGCCUCUACCAGUACACAGUACUCCCCUUUGGCGUGCAUGGAGCCCCAGCCACGUUCCAGAGGUUGAUGGACCAGGUGUUGCGGCCCCACCAGAAGUAUGCAGCAGCCUACCUGGAUGACAUCGUCAUCCACAGCACCGACUGGGACAGCCAUGUCGACAAAGUCGAAGCUGUGCUGAUGUCCCUGAGGGAGGCCGGGCUGACGGCUAACCCUACGAAGUGCCGGCUUGGAUUGGAGGAAGCAGCCUAUCUUGGCCACACUGUCGGGAGGGGGCGGGUGAAGCCCCAGUCGAACAAGGUCGACAGCAUUGGCACCUGGCCCCAACCGGCCACAAAGAAACAGGUGAGAAUGUUCCUGGGGCUGGUGGGUUACUAUCGGCAGUUCAUUCCGGAGUUUGCAGCCCGAGCAGCCCCGCUACAUGACCUCACCAAAAAGGAGCAGCCCAACCGGGUCCAGUGGAACCCCCUCGCCACUGCAGCCUUCCAGGACUUACGGGCCGCCCUGGGUGAGGAACCUGUACUAAUCUCUCCCGACUUUCAGAAACCCUUCGUGCUGCAGACCGACGCAUCGGAAGUGGGCCUGGGAGCGGUCCUGUCACAGAUCCAGGAUGGGGUGGAGCAUCCAGUGACAUACAUCAGCAGAAAACUCCUCAGCCAUGAAAGGAAUUACGCCACGGUCGAGAAGGAAUGCCUCGCCAUCAAAUGGGCGAGUUGCAGCCUUACCGGUUCAAGGUGGAACAUCGCGCUGGGAAGCUGCACCAGAAUGCUGAUGCGCUAUCCAGGAGAGAGGAUGGCCUAGGGGCAGACGCUCCCGCCUGGGGCGUGGAGCUGAGGGGGGGAGUAUGUGGCACCCCUGCUCCUGCAUGUUGUGCCACGUGGGUGGAGAACCCUGGAGGGACCCACGCAGAGCAACCGCG